AUGAAGACGACAAGAGAGUUUGUCUUUGAAUCACUGGGUGAAGGAGCCUACGUGGAAGUCUCGUGCCACGAUACGCUGGCGAAGGUGCGGGAGUUGAUUUUGGAGGAAUUGGACCCAGAACAGCUUUGCGACAACGAUUUUGUCUUCAAGGUCAAUGGGAGCAUUCGUAUCUCGACCAAGCAAGAAGGGAGCAGAAAGGCCUUUGCCUUGCUGGACGCCAAGGCCAAGGUGGAACUCGUUCCCAAAAGCAUCAAGCGAAAAUGUAAGGAACCGCACCUCGACGGUGAUUCUUCCACAGCGUCAUCAUCCGUUUCAGAAGCAAAGCGAAGAAAACAAAACACCGACGCCACAGUUACACCUUUGAACCAAGAUACGAAACCAUUAGGAGACAAGCGCAACAAUGGUGCAUCAUCCGAUACUAGACUAGAUCCUAUGCAGUUGGAUGAAAGGUUUUCCACAUCAUCAUCAUCGUCAUCAUCAUCAUCGUCGUCGUCCUCAUCUCAUGGUCAUGAAACGAGAUUGCAAUCAUUGAAUACACCACAGCACCACCGACAACAAGAGGCAUCCAAAAAAAAUUAUAAUAAUAAAGAUAGUGACGACGAGGACUACAUUUCAUCACCGGAAGGAUCGACAGCGGAAGCCAAGCCCAACAGCAGACCACAGGAAAUAAAGAAACGAUCAUCAUCUCGAAAUACUGAAGAUGCUGUUGAGGACAAUGGUAAUGCUGGUGUGAAUGAUGAUUUUGGUAUUGACGAUAAUGAUUUUGAUUAUGUUGAUGAUGCCGAGGACGAAUUGCUCCAAGUGAUUGAAACCACCAAUCCUCACCAAAUCGCAGACGAGGCAAAGGAAAAGAGUGCCGACGUAUUGGACAAGCUUGCCUCCAUUCUGCAGGAGAAUCCUCUCUUUUGUUCGCAAGUCCGUCGAAAGGAUUGGCUGGACGAAAUUCAGGAGCUCAAGGAUUCUGAGGCUCCAAGGACAGUUUUUGGAGUAUUGGGAAAUACAGGAGUUGGGAAAUCGUCCCUCUUGAAUGCCAUUCUAGAUGAAGCAGCCGUCCUUCCUACUUCAGGUAGUCGUGGAUGCACGGCAGCAGUAGUGGAAUUGGUCUAUCAUUCGGAACUCGACGCGGAAGAUGAUGGCAGUACUCCACAGAGAACGGUUCCAGUCUAUCAAGGAUCCGUCGAAUUCAUGACGCUGGAGGACUGGAAGAAGGAACUCAAGAUUUUGGUGGAAGAAUGUUCCACACAAGAAAAGACAAUCUAUGUACGACCUCCGGAUGAAACGAACGCUGCUGCAGCAGCUGCGGCAUGGCAAAAGAUUGAACAAGUCUACGGUAGGGAUAGCAUGAAGGACUACCACGGAAAGCAUUCGGAUUAUGUCUUUACGCGAUUGGCCAACAAUCCUCGCGUCCGAGUCAUGCUGACAUCUUCAACUCCUGGACAAGCGUACAAUGUGAUCAAAGUUCAAGUAGGAGAGUCGGUGGUUGGGUCCGAAGAAGCCAAGGACUUUUUGAAACCAGCCAGCGAGAUGAGUCGCAGGGUCCGCCGCAAAAAGGACAAAUUGGCACAAAACUUUCGCAAGCAAAUCAAUUCGUACGUCUACCGCAAAGGCAAUGGCUCGGAACCACAAACCUGGCCAUUGAUUCGCAAAGUGCAGCUGAAAGGACCAUGGUCCGUCUUGAAUACGGGGGCGGUGCUGGUCGAUUUGCCGGGUGUCCGUGACAGCAAUGCAGCCCGCGCCAAGGUGGCCCAAAAUUAUCUGCAGAAUUGCAAUCAGAUUGCCAUUGUCGCGCCCAUCAAACGGGCUGUGGACGAUGGGACCGCCAAGGAAUUGUUGGGCGAACAAUUCAAGAGGCGACUACUAAUGGACGGUCAGUAUGGAAAUGUAUUCUUUAUUUGUACCCAAACCGAUGAUUUGGAGGCCACAGAAACCAUGCGAGAUCAUGCAGAUGUUGCUCAGCAAGUACCAGGGAGAUGGGAGAAGAUGGAAGAGCUUGCCAAUUCCAUUUCGAUGAUUGAGAACGAGCUGAAUGAUCUAAAAGAGGAAGAAGACGAGCUGAAGAGUAAAGUUGAGGAGCUGAAAGAGCAGUGCAAGGAAGCAAAAGCAGACUGGGACGAGGGAGAAAAGGAACAAGCCGAUGAAGAAACCAUGGAUAAUCUAAAGGCUGUUGUCGAUUCGCAAGAGGCGUCGCUCCAACAGGCGCAGCACGAUGCCUCCAGUUGGGCGGAACGAAAUGAGCAAAUAAUGGACAAACUUCAAGCCAAAUGCGAGAGAAUGCAGAAGAAACUCAAGCCCAUGUGUGCUAAUGUUCGCAAUGAGUACAGCAAGUCGUGUCUUCAGGAAGAUUUUCGCAACGGCCUGAAAGCCUUGUACAACAACGAUGAUGGCGACGGAGACAAUGCUGCUGCCGCUGCUUCAAGAAAUAAGACUCAAAAUGUGCUGCCCGAUGACUACAACAUGGAUGUCUUUUGCAUUUCGUCGAACGAUUAUCUCAAGCUCAUGGGAAUCAAAAGCAAUAAUGAUGGUCAGGCAAACACCUUCUCUUGUCAACGCGAUACCCAGAUUCCUCAAUUGCGAUCUUUUGUCCAUGAGACCACUGCAAGAUUUUGUGAGACACAUGCAAAGUCUUUUGUCGAAAAUACAAACGAUAUUCUUGAUAGAAUGAAGCUGUUGGCAACCGAUGCAUCGAGUGUCCCGACGGGACGAACUGCUUACAAGAUGAAGUCUCAGUUCGAGGCAGUAAUGAAGGUGCUCGAUGAAAAGCUGAAACCAGUGUCGGACAGCUUCAAAACAUCCCUCGAUAGAACUAUACAAGUUUCGCUAAUGCCAUCUCUUCAGAAAGGGGCAAAAAGUGGCCAAGGAGUUGCAAUGAGCACGGUGGUGUCAUGGGGAUCCAAGAAUCGUCGGACUAAAAAUGAACGCACACCAGAGAAGAACGGGCUCUAUUGGUCUACAUACCAGGCAGUCUUGAGACGCAGUGGGCAAUACACUUCGGCGGCAGCUGGACAAAUAGAUUUCAACCAAGAGUUGUGCGAUCCGAUGGAAAAAGAGUUCUCGACCGAUUGGCAAGCUGUACUCGAUUCUACCAUUAAAAAGCUAUUGAAAACAGCGGAAAUAAGCGUAGCGCAGCUAUGCAACGAACUUACUCAGCGACUGGCUAACAGUUUCGGAGAAGGCGGCAUGGAUAGUUCUCGACUAAUCACCAUGGUCACCACGGCCAAUCGGUCUUGCAUGACAGCCUUGAAAGCCGCCUUUCAGCAAAUGCUGUCCAUGGCGGUAGAAUCUCAACGAAACCUCAGCCGAACAUUGCUUCCAGCGGUGCAAACAAGUAUGAGCGUCGCCUAUAUAUCUUCCCUCAAUGUACAAAGAGGACCUGGAAGCUUCAUGCGUAUGAAAGGGGCCAUGUCAUCCCAUUCGCAAACGGCUGUGGAUGGAAUGUUCUUGGAAGCCAUGAAUGAUCUGCAGGAUGGAGUUGUUGGAUUGAUUGGUGAUCUUGCGAAACUGAUUGCAGCAUCCAGUGAAGUCGUCCGUAAGAGUAUGGAAAACGUGUUUUCAAUUUGCUGGGAGGAUCAGUCGGCUGGAAAUAAGCAGGAGUUGAUGGAUCCAGUGAUGCAGCAAAGGAUCCGUGAGUGCAGGGAUGCGCUAUUACCUCACUUUCAGAAUUUGGGUGCAAUUCAGCUAAGCGCAUGUAAGUUGAUUGGUAUUGAACGAGAAGAAGUUGAGCUUGAUGUAAUGGGCGUGGAAACUCUGGAUCAAAGCCUAGAACGAAAACUUGAGGAAGCAAAGAAGAAAGGAGAUGUCUUUGAUUUAUGCGAUUCGGACGCGGAAGUUCCCGUAGUCCCGAAACGAAGAAUCAAGUCGGACCCUGAAACUGCAACAGCAUCAGUCGCCCGAGCAUCAACGCACGAAUUGAUCGACCUUUGUGAUUCGGAUGAUGACUGGGAAGCUCCUGCAGCAAGAAGUGGAUUAUCUGCGAAGAAAGCUUCGCUUUUAAUGAAAUCAGAAAUGCUGUGA